AUGUCGAACGGACCUUCCCUGGUUGUGCCCCCCAAGAGGCCAACCAAGCACCUUCGGAGACUCAGCUCCAGCGAUGCCACCGUGAAUGAGCUCAACCUGCGCUCUCCAACCGUUGUCGUUCCGCCCCAGCAUCUCAUGGCUCCUUCCGACGCCCACGAAACGGCUGCGGCAUUCGAGCUUGCCAGACACGAGAUUGAGGACGAUGCCGGCCUGGACUUACCACCUGAGACCCCUCCAGACACGAACGUGACCGACAAGUUUGCCUAUGCCUUCGAUAUUGACGGUGUCCUGAUUCGCGGUGGCGAGCCUCUUCCUGCCGCGGUGAAAGCCAUGCAGGUACUCAAUGGCAAGAAUCAAUGGGGCAUCAAAGUCCCCUACAUUUUCGUGACCAAUGGAGGUGGCAAGACCGAGCAAGAACGUUGCCUCCAGUUGAGCAAGCAACUUGAGUUGGAAGUUUCACCUGGUCAAUUCAUCUGCGGCCACACACCUAUGAGGGAGAUGGCCGAAAAAUACAACACCGUUCUUGUGGUUGGUGGCGAGGGAGAGAAGUGCCGCCAAGUAGCGGAGGGAUAUGGCUUCAAAGAUGUGAUCACACCAGGCGAUAUUAUCAAGGACAACCCGGACACCACACCUUUCCGCAAGCUCACCGACGAAGAGAUGAGCAAUUCGCGCAAGAGGAACUAUGGCGAAAUCAAGAUCGAGGCCAUUUUCGUCUUCGCUGACAGCCGCGACUGGGCUGGCGAUCAGCAAAUCAUUCUCGACCUGCUCAUGUCCAAGGGCGGCUAUCUAGGCACACGAUCGGAGACUUUCGACGAAGGUCCGCCAAUCUUCUUCUCUCACAACGACAUGGUCUGGUCGACUUCUCACGAUCUGACUCGCCUGGGUAUGGGUGCUUUGCGCUUGUCCCUCGAGGCUAUGUUCAAGGCAGUCACCGGCAAAGAAUUGAACACUACCGCUUUCGGCAAGCCUCAGAUUGGCACUUUCCAGUUCGCGACCAGACUCCUCCAGCGAUGGCGAAAGGAUACGCACGGCAUUGAUGCUCCACCAGAGACCGUCUACUUUGUCGGCGAUACUCCCGAAUCAGACAUUCGCGGCACCAACGAGUUCAACAAGCAGGCCGAGAACUCGUGGUAUUCCAUCCUAGUUGAGACGGGUGUCUAUCAAUCUGGCACCAAGCCAACCUUCGAGCCCAAGGUUACCGUCGAAAACGUGCUCGACGCAGUUAACCACGGUAUCGAGCGCGAAAUGCAGCGGGAACAGCAGAAGCACUUCAAGGAAGCUCUUGAUCUCGCUGUAGAAAAGUUGAACGGCACAUCUAUCCACCAUGGUAUCGAGCCGGUCACCAACGGAACUGCUGUCGCCGCACAAUAG